UCUAAAGAUCAUCUAAGGACGUCCGUCACAAACCCAAAAUCCGAACAAUUGAUAUGGCAAGAGGUAAGGUACAGAUGAGGAGAAUCGAGAACCCGGUGCAUAGGCAGGUUACUUUCUGCAAACGCCGUUCUGGGCUUCUGAAGAAGGCGAAGGAGCUUUCAGUGUUGUGUGAUGCUGAAAUUGGUCUCUUUAUUUUCUCUGCUCAUGGCAAGCUCUAUGAGCUUGCAACUAACGGAAGCAUGCAGGGACUACUAGAGAAGUAUAUGAAAUCUACCCGUUGCUAUGUGGAGGAACAGGCUGAUGAAAAGCAAGUUCUGGAGUCGAAAAUGGAGGUCAACAUGCUGAAAAAUGAGAUUGAGGUUCUCCAGAAAGGCCUCAGGUACAUGUUUGAAGGUGGUGCUGGAAAAAUGACUCUGGAUGAACUACGAAUUCUUGAGAACAACCUGGAAGUCUGGAUGUAUCACAUACGCUCAGCAAAGAUGGACAUCAUGUCUCAAGAAAUCCAAUUGCUGAAAAAUAAGGAAGGGAUACUGAAAGCAGCAAAUAAGUGCCUCCAAGAACAGAUGGAGAUGCAAUAUGAUGCUGCCAAUACGGAUCCAAUAAUGACUAACAUACCGUACCCACUAACCGUUCAAAACGAGAUAUAUCAGUACUAA